AUGGACGACUUCCUGGCUAAUCAGCAGCAAAUCGCUCAGGCAAUAGAGCAUGUCUUUACCAAUUUUAAAAAAGACAGCUCAGAAAGGAAGACAUCAGACUGUAUACAGCGUAGAUUAGAUAUGUUGGAUAAGUAUUGGCUAGAGUUUAAAAAUAAUCAUGCAAGAUUAUCAGAGUUUGGCAUUGAGUCUAGUAGAAAGAAAGUGUUAUACGAGGAACUGGGGUGCGUCAUGUGGGGUCACAGAGUAGUGGUACCUUCUAGUUGCAGGGAGAAAGUUCUCGCGGAGUUACAUGAGGCUCACAUGGGGAUCACCAAGACGAAACAGUUCGCUCACAGCUACGUGUGGUGGCCGGGGAUCGACGAGGCGGUGGAGGCCGUGUGCCGCGCCUGCUCGGUGUGCGCGCGCGUGGCGGGCACGCCGGAGCGACACGAGCCGCGCCCGUGGCUUUGGCCAGAGCGCCCGUGGUCGCGACUGCAUCUCGAUUUUUUAGGGCCGAUAGGGGGCGCUACUUACUUAGUCACCGUGGACGCUCAUUCUAAAUAG